AUGAAACUUAUUGCAUUGCGUCUCGCGCUUAAAAAGCUCGCUCACACCUGCUCUUGCUCUGCAUGCAUGCAGAUGCGUGCAUCCUGCAUGUGCACGUUUAUAACUACUACUCGUAUUGCAAACUUCGAUAUGACCUCCGAUAUGCUGUAG